AUGCCCUACUCUCCCUGGGACAUACCUAUGCUCUCUAAUCCCAAUGAGUAUUCCAACUUCCAAUGUUUUCUUCAAUCUAUAACGCCCUCAGUCCUUACUCAACAACAGCCUCCCAAGGUUCCUGUGCAAAUGCUAAAUGGGUGCCUUUCGCAAUCCCUUGGCAAUAACAGUACCGGGUGUUUCUCUUUGAGUGACCUUUGGAAGUUUUACAAGGAUUGGAGUUGCUUUGGUGCCGGUGUCCCGAUUCUCCUCAACAGCGGCGAUAGCGUCUUACAAUACUAUUCUCCAUCCUUAUCUGCUCUCCAAAUAUAUACUCGGAAACCCGUUGAUUAUUAUUCCAGGUUAGGGAUAAGCUGCACACCGAAACUCGAGAGUGACUCUUCAGAUGUCACUUCAGAUGAUUCUACCGGUGACCAUGAGGUCUCUUGCCAAACAACUGAGCGCUUUGGCCACCUGUAUUGCCAGUACAAUGAAACAGCCAGUCCUUAUGAUAGAGUUCCGCUCACCGACAAGAUCAAUGAGCUAGCUCAGAAUUAUCCUGCUCUGCUGAAGUUUCAGAGCGUGCAGCUUUCUCCCUAUAGCUGGAUGGCUGUUGCUUGGUAUCCUAUCUACCAAAUUCCAUUCACAAGGAAUGCAAAGGAUUUGUCUGCAUGUUUCAUCACUUAUAACACAUUAUCAUCUUUUCAAGGACUCCCGUGUACCAUAUUGGAGGAAGAUGAGAAGUUUCAAAACAUUAAUACUCUAGGAAAGGAAUGGGGAGGCAGGAUGCUAGAAAGAGAUAGUAGAAGAGGUGAAAUUGCUCUUCCUCCUUUUGCAGUGGCUACUUAUAAGAUGUAUGGGGAACUCUGGACAAAUCCUGAGACUUCAGACAAGGAAAAUAUUGCCUCUUAUCUGAAUGCUGCAAAUUCCUGGCUGAAACAUUGCAAAUUCCAGCAUCAUGACUUCAAUUUCUUCAUGUCUCGUAGGUAG